AUGGCCCCUUGGGCAGCCGGCGAGUCCGAUGUUUGUAGAACGAGGCGAUCGGCACGGGCGCGGAGGCUGCCACGGGCGGAGCUGGACAUCUAUACUCUGUUAAGCGCAGUGUCUCCAGAACAGUAUAGUUGCUGCCGACUAGUCGCUGGAUAUCUAGUUGCCGUAACUGCUCGUAAGUCAACUGGAGGAAAAGCGCCAAGGAAGCAGUUGGCAACCAAGGCUGCAAGAAAGAGUGCUCCCGCCACAGGAGGAGUAAAGAAACCUCAUCGUUACAGGCCAGGAACCGUCGCUCUCCGUGAGAUCCGUCGUCACCAGAAAAGCACUAAGCUUUUGAUCCGCAAAUUACCCUUCCAACGUCUCGUUCGGGAAAUCGCUCAGGAUUUCAAGACUGACUUGCGUUUUCAAAGCUCUGCUGUUAUGGCUCUUCAGGAAGCUAGUGAGGCUUACUUGGUUGGACUUUUCGAAGAUACCAACUUGUGCGCUAUUCACGCUAAGCGAGUUACCAUCAUGCCCAAGGAUAUUCAAUUGGCUCGCCGAAUCCGUGGAGAACGUGCUUAAUUC